CUCGUGGCAGUGUUCUGCAUUGUCCUCUCUGACCGCGAGUUUCAAACUAGGACAAAAACUGGACGGGGGGAAAGCUCCUUUAGAACUUAAAGCUGUCGACAGCUCGUUGCAUACCAACGUUGGUAGAUAGCUGCUCUGCAAGCAUGACCGCGCCAGCCCUGGGACGUGCAGAGAGCGCCCUUCGCGGCAAGCGGGCUGUUCCAACGCUGCCAGGCAACACCGCCCGCUCAAGCAUUUAUGCGAUGCACAAUGGACAUAUCAGGACCAUAUGUCGCGACGCCUGCGGGCAGCAGCGCAGCGACCGGCUACGUAACGCACGGGCUGUUCCGCGACCGUCCCGCUACUCCGCAGUCAAGGUUUUGGCGUUUCAAACAGACCUGGCAGCCCGUGACGCUGCUCCGCUGGCUAAGAAAGCGACCAGCGUGCGCUAUCGCUUCGUCGUACCGCAGUACGUCACCCACUAUGGCCAAGAGCUGCGUGUGGUUGGCUCCCUCCCGGAGCUUGGAGGUUGGAACCCGUGGACGGCUCCGCGCAUGUCGUGGUCAGACGGCCACCAGUGGAGUCUCGAGAACAACCUGCCCCAGGAGACGUUUGAGUUCAAGGUCAUUGCGGUGGAGGGCGGCCACGUGCGCUGGGAGAGCGGCAGCAACCGGGUGGUGCAGACGGACGACGACGGCGACAUCCCAGUGGAGGUGGUGGUGUGGCUGACCUGCCACUUCGACCACACAGCCGACACCGGUAUGCAGCUGGCUGUGCCACGCGCCAACGUACAGGACGCCUUUGAGACGGGCCGCGCGCAUCUGGAGAUGCUCAAGAAGCGGCGCUCCCGCAUGAGCCUGGAGACCGAGCAGGUGGCCAAUCCAGUGGAGCGCAAGCGCGCGGCGGCGGAGCUGAUCCGUCUGACCGAGGCGGUGGUGGAGGCGAGCACGUCCGUGCAUCAACUGGGCCACAUGCUUGGAAACGCGCCUGGGUCUGGGUCUGCCAGCGAUGGCGAGGGCGCGGCGGCCGGCGCCGGUACCGGCACCGGUGCUGCUGCAGAGGACGAGAACAAGGUCCUGCUGAUGGCCAUCGACUCGGUGCGCCUGCCCAAGGCCAUGCGCCGCAUCUCCUUCGCAAGCGUGGUCCAGGCGCGCGGCGCUGGAGGGCUCGAGGCAGCGGCGGGCAGCGACGCUGACGCCGCGGCGACGGCGGCGGGGGCCGUGAGCCCCUUCCUUCGCGGCGAACUGGAUGCGCGUGCCGAGGAACUCAUGUCGGCUGCAGGCGCCCUGCUGCAGGAGAUGCAGCAGCAGAAGCAGCAACGCCAGCAGGCGAACGGCCGCGCCAAGCCGGACACGGCGGCACCCGCGUCCGCCGAGUGGGCGGAGCUGGCGCAGGAGGCGGGCCACGUGGCGGAGGCCCUUGCACACCUGGGCGCACCCGCCGACACCCAGCUGCAGCUGCAGGGCCUGGCCUCGGUGGGCAGUGCUCUGGCCAGCGGCAACGGCAACGGCGUGCACCUUCCGUCACACAGUGCCGCGCUCGCCAGCCCGCCUGAGGCACUGGAGGCAGUCGGUGCCGCGGCCAAUGACGCCGAUGACGUGGCCGACGACGCUGACGAGACCGUGGCAAGCUGGGACGACGGACCGGCCGCUGCACCCGAGGCCGACGCUGCCGCUGCCCCCAGGAAGAACAAGGGCGGCCCGCUGAAGCAACUGGCGGCCAACCUGACAGGCGCGCUGCCCUUCAAGUUGCCCUUCAACUUCGGCUCCAGCCCCCCGCCGGCGGUGGCAGCUAGCGUCGCAGCCGCCGCACCCGGCGGCUCCAAUGGCACCGGCAGCACCAGCAGCGGCGGUGCUGCUCGGCAUGGCAUCUUCGGCACGCUGCGCACCGGUGGCGUGGCGCUACGCCCGGCGGCGGCGCGAUCUGCCGCCCCUGGCGGCGGCAUGAGCCGCCAGCCGUCUGUGGCCACCGCCGCCGCAGCUCCGGCGGCGGCGGGCGGCAGCGUUGUUGGCUUGACCGAGGCCCCUACCCACAGCUAUGCCAGUGAGCCGACUGCGGAGGUGGAGCUGUCAGCCGACAACGGCCCGGCGGCGGCGCAGGUGGCUGUUGAGCAGCCUGGCAGACCCAAGACGUCCAAGGGCCGCAAGGUGCGCACGUACAAGGGCGUACACCGCAGCAGCAAGUCGACAUAACAGCUUUCGCAGCCUCUCUGAAAUGCAACAUGUUGAUGCACGCUUCUCGUGAACAAUCUGCGCAUUUGGUCUGCCGGCUGACCCGCCUGCUGGCAUUUUGCUGCGAGCGACUGCGCGAGCCGGCAUGGCGUUUUGCAGACAUGUUUUGGGCCGGGUUUUGAGCUCUUGCGGGCCAAAGCUUUGGGUGCCGUCACGGAGGGCGCAGCGGUAGGAAGAUGGCACGAAUUGUGGCGUGCCUUGAGACGUUUUGGCAAGUCUGCCCCACUAUUUUGAGGCGCCCCUAUUCCAUUAGUAUGCGAGUGAUGCGAGGUGCGUAUGCACCGCGUGAGAACGAAAUUAAUGACAGUGACACAGUGCACAUCAUGCUCGAUUCCUAUUGCCCUGCUUCGACAAAUCCUUUGUGCUGGCGCUUCCAGGGCGGCUGCCCUCGAGGGCAGGCUCUGGUGUAAUUUGUGUUUUAUCCCACGUGCAAAGAGGUGUUCCACCAAAUGGAUGGACCCUCGCCCGUGCGUAUGGCACCCGCUGCUUGUGGGGAUGGCCGUGCGCUGACGUGACUUAUGUAGAAUGGACCCGUGUGUGAAAUGUUUGGUUGGGGGCUCCGAGCCUCCGACACGUACCAUUAGUAAGUAGGGGAGAGAGCCAUGUACAGCGACCCGUUACUUGCCGUGCUCGUUUCGUAGACAUGAGGUGGUGUGUUCCCACGUGCUUGGUGCGCGUGACGUUUGUUUUGUACGAUGUGCUGCGUGAAAGGCCGCGUGUGUCCGCCAAGGUGUUACUUUUUGCAUUGUAUUUUAGUGCGACAAGAAUGGGGUCCUGGUUGGUAGUUUAUAAGAUGUGCUGCUUGCGAAGCCGUGCCGCAGCCGCUUAGGAUUGUGCAGCGGCGAAACGGUAGCUGCCACUUUACAAGCAUGGUGUAGUCCGCAACGGGACGUCGAGUGGCUCCUCCCAAAUGCGGCGCGGUCUUCGCGCCGGAGGUGGAGGCCUGUCCGCGCGUCCUGGCGUACAAUCUCGUAGUCGUUUGUAGAUUCUUUCACGUGGUUGGGAGUUGGUAUGUAUGCGGCCUCCGCCGCCGCCACAGCAGCAGCACGGCGGGUGAUGGAGCGGGGACGCGGUGGAUGGGAGGUGACGUUCGUACUAUCGAGCCCACUGUUGGGGGGGGGCAGGUUUGAUUUGUGGUACGAGAGCGUGCCCCUGCAUAUUUGACACGUGCUCGAGUGCUGUGCUGCAAGUGUUCUAGUUGGCGGCAUAUGGCUGACUGUAUGAGUGGUGCCCACCACCGCUGUUCUCACCUGUGUUGCGACAGGCUGAAGGUAUGUAGUAGGAUGAUUAUUUGACAGCGAGAGAUUGAAGAGCGCGAGCGUAUUAUGCGGCAGUGAAGAGGGUGAGAGAAGAUGCGCUUCUGGCUAUGCUGCUUACCUUGGGCAGCCCGUCAUGUAGUAGUGGCCGCCGCAGCCCAGAGCGCAGGAGUGAAGCGCUUGCCAGUGCGAUACGGUACCGACGGGAGAUGAAGAGCAGCGCAACCUGGCGCGAGUAUUGAAGAGGAGUCCCUGCAGAGUGCGAUGAUUGGCGGCACGGAGGUUUAGAAUGAGGAGAUCGUGUACGGCGAUGUAACUAAAUGAAAGA